GUUGCUACAACAUGAAAAAUACUCAACCCACCCAGGAUAAUUUUUUGGGGUAAGGUACCCCACCUAAGAUUAAUGGGGCACUAGAGUGGAGGCUGCCAGCUACCAAGCAAAGUGGUCGAGGAGCGAGUAGGGGGGCGUUGGUAUCUUCUUCAAUCCACUGUGGACUCUUCACACGGACUGUUCAAAGGAGAAGUUAGCAGCGAACGAACAUCCCAAAUCGGCAAAUCCUAUGUCCCAACUUUCCUCAAGGCGUCAAUGGAUUUGUCCACCAAAGUUGCAUUGUUUACCGACACAAACCUAGGAACCCACCUAGCCGUGGGUGUCUCUCCCGACAUUACAGCAGGUGAUCUCAAAAGAGAAAUUGGAAAGGAGCAUCACACUUGUUUCCCGAAUAUUGGAGAGAUCAAAGUUAAUGCAUUAAUGGUCAAAAGGAAAUCAUGUUUCUACCACCUACCCGAUUUUGUUCCUAUAAAGAAUGUCUUUCAAGGAUUGAGUGGAGCUUGGUUUCUUCAUGUGGAAGCAAGUCCUAGGAAUAAUUCUGAUCAGCCAUUUUCAUUGCAAUGUUUGGUUGCUGAACUGAGUGACUCUGUUCAUAAUGGCAGCAGUUUAACUGGAUCUGAGAAACCUGAAGAGCAUGUUAAAUUGGAUUACGAUAGCAUGAAAAACAAAUCUAGAAAAAUGAGAGAAAGAUUCCAGCAACUUGAUGAGUCUCCAAAAGAACUGCCAUCUACUUGUAAUAUAAGCAAAGGGAAAAACAGGAGAUUAAAAGAAAAGCACAGAAACAUUUUUAAAGGGAAGGAUGAAGGAUUUCUUGGUGCAGCGGACGGUCAUGAUUUUUCUUCUAGGGAGAAGUUGGAUCAAUUCAGAGGGAAUGAAGUGGACUGUAGAGAAGAUGAAUGUUCUUCUAGGAAAAUUAUCGAGGGCACCCACAGUAAAAGCUCAUCUGAGGUAGUAUCAGUGACGGGUAUCAUUACAAAAUACUUUUCGGUAUUUGAUGAGGUGAAUCAAAUUGUCAGCCCUUCAAGGUAUGGAGUUUUUAAUGACGUUGUGGCCUGUGAAGCCAACCAAAUUUACCUAGAUGAACCACUGAAAACCAAAACAGACGAGGAUUGCACUAAAUUUCAAGUUGGCAAUAAGCUUCCGUAUACACCCAAGACACCAUCUAGAAUAUGCCUUCAUUCUUCAUGUGGCAACCCAAGUCCUGGAACUUCAAGGGGUAAGCUUGGAACAGCAGAGGUUGGGGAACGUCUUGUGUUCGCAGCAAAUAAUCUCUGUGUUGCUGUGCAGAAGAAUGAAUGGACUAACUCUAUCCGCCAAUCAAAAGGUGGAAAGACAUUACCCCUCAUCUCAUCUUCCCUUGUUGCAAGUAAUAUCAAUAUCUUUGAGUUCAGUGAUGAUGACAGCUGAGAUAAUUCACAUAAUUAGCUAGAUGACUGCUGCAAACCUGCCAAAAUGCACAGCUGCUUAUGUCACCAUCGUAGAAAGGGGUAUCAUCCGGCAUUGAGCGAUGCCAAAUUGUCCAGCUGCUGUUGCCAUGAUCAUACAAAAGUAUUUCAUCUAGAACCUGAUUUUACAACUUUAUGUAGCUAGCAACCUGAGUCAGCCAUGCAGACUGUUAGGAACCUGCCACAGUGUACAGAUGCUCAUUUUCCCACUAUACAGUGGGGGUGUUGUCCAGCAAUCCAUGGACUAUACCUGAGAUAUUUAAGGCUGUCACUAACUUGAUCAAACAAUCAUACGAUGUGAUCUAUGAAUUGCCUUCCUGACAUUUGGCCUUUUCUUCUAACAUAUUUAUUGACUUUUGAAUGAGUUUUUCUCAAUGUUCUGAAAGAUUCUCUGAUGGACUUGCUUUGACAAAAUUUGAAUUUAAAGGAAGCAACAUGGCAAGAAACUUCACUUGGAGAAAUUCUAAGGGGUGACUGAGCUUGUAUAUUCUCGGGCUGAAGAGGGGGUUAUCAGGAUAUUCUGUGACUGGAUGCUUCCUUUUCCCUAACGCAGUCUCUCUCUACUGUUUUCUGUUAUGCUUUUGAGCCUCAUGACUCCUCAUUUUGGUUCUCGCUUCUUCUGAAUGGAGUCUCCAUUUAUCACCAAUUAGAUAAAAGUAAUUUCAAGAAAGGUUAGUUUUACAUAUGUUCCUGAUCUAAAAUGUCUUUAAAUUUUAUUAGAUGUUUAAAUGGUAAGGAUUAUGUGACUCAUUGUUCUGUUGAAAUGAUUGCUUGGUAUCUGUGUAGUUACUGUUAACAAAUUUCCCUCGAUGAUUUUACAGUGUCUAGCAAACUAUGUCUUGCAAACUGGGUAAGAUAGUCCCUGGUCUUACAUGCCUCUGAAGUUCACAAAAUGUUUUCAUUGUUAAAGCCAUAUGAAUUUUUUUUGUUUCAUUGAAUUAGAUGGUUGAAAACUGUAUUCUUAUCUGCAAAUUUUACAUAGUGAACCAUUGGAAGACUGGCCGGCAGCGUUCGCAGUUGGUUCCUAAAGGGAAAUACAUCUAAGGACAGUAAAUUAAUGGAGGGUUCAGGUAUGAUAGAACCCCAAUUCAUAUCUUUUCUUUUUUGUAUAGCAGGAUCGUUUUCAUUUUAAUCCCUGCCUGCCUUCCUCAAAUGGAGUACUUGGGUCAUAAGGAAAGUCGGUCUGUGAUUGGAACCUCCACUGCUUCUGUCUGUUCUCAUGCUUUGUUCAUGCUUACCUUUGCAGAUGUUUCCCAUCCCUUCCACCAAAGAUGUGAAUAGAACAUGAAAAUGAAGAGGCAUGAAGGAUCCUUUGAUCCUCUCCCAUACAAACAAAAGUAAUGAACCUCCUAACUCCACCAAAAAAAUGGAAGUUGUCAUCCUUGGUAUGACAGCCCCUGGUUAUCA